UAGAAGAAGUAAAUAUAAAUACAUAGCAGAAAGAUACGUAGCCAAACGCUAUGGACUGGCGGGAUUGCUUUCGAUUGGACAGCGAGCUCACAACUUAUGCCAACAGAGACAUCACAUGGUCAGGCUGUACAAUAUGCCCUACAAUUCUUCCUCAACAUGUCAUUAUUUACGUUAUCUCCAUUAAUAUAUUCCUACUCAAACCCUCUUCCUAAUCCAUAUAAAUUAUAUCCAUUCCCCUUCCCAUUCUGUAACACUAACAAAGCAUAUUCAAGCACUAUAUCCUAGAAAGCUAGCUAGAGAGAAAAGUGAUAAGAGAGAAAAUGACCAAGGAAGUGGGUGAAGAAGGGCAACUUCCACAGCACCAUGGGAAGGACUAUGUAGACCCACCACCAGCUCCUCUGUUAGGCUUUGAAGAGUUAAAGCGCUGGUCUUUCUACAGAGCUCUGAUAGCAGAGUUCGUAGCCACUCUUCUCUUUCUCUAUGUCACCGUCGCUACGGUUAUCGGUCACAAGAAGCAAACCGAUUCAUGCGAUGGUGUUGGUCUUCUUGGUAUCGCUUGGGCAUUUGGCGGCAUGAUUUUCAUCCUCGUCUACUGCACUGCCGGAAUCUCUGGUGGUCACAUUAACCCGGCCGUAACAUUUGGGCUGCUCCUGGCGAGGAAGGUGUCGUUGUUGAGAGCCGUGGCGUACAUGGCUGCGCAGUGUUUGGGAGCGAUUAGCGGCGUGGGGUUAGUGAAGGCCUUCAUGAAGCACUACUAUAACACGCUUGGAGGUGGUGCCAAUUCCGUCGCACCUGGUUUCUCAAAAGGCACGGCUUUGGGAGCUGAGAUUAUUGGCACUUUCGUGCUGGUUUACACCGUUUUCUCUGCCACUGACCCCAAGAGGAACGCACGUGACUCUCAUGUUCCUGUAUUGGCUCCAUUGCCAAUCGGGUUUGCUGUUUUCAUGGUGCAUUUGGCUACGAUCCCUAUUACUGGCACUGGGAUCAACCCCGCUCGGAGCUUUGGCGCUGCUGUGAUCUAUAACAACGAGAAAGCGUGGGACGAUCAGUGGAUUUUCUGGGUUGGACCGUUUAUUGGAGCUCUGGCUGCGGCAGCAUAUCAUCAAUUUGUGGUGAGAGCAUCAGCUAGAGGUUUGGGGUCGUUCCGCAGCAACCCCAGCAACUGAUCGUUAAUCAGGGUGUAAACUAUCUUGAUUUGAGUCUCAUUAUCGAUCCAAUUCUUUGGCUGUCAAUGUUGUAUUAUUAAAACUUUGUGGUUCUAAGUAGUUCUAUUGUGGGUCUGGAUGGUGGUGUUGUAAAGUAUCUCUCCUAUGUUGAAAAACGAACCACAUUCCUUUUAAGAAUUACCAUUUGGUUGUUGUGAAACUCAAUUCUUCUAUCACUUCCAUGUGAAAAAUGUGGUCUCACAAUGUAUGGCAGAUUUGAAUUGGAAUCGUCCUUUUUAAUUAUGAAUAUAUGGCUGUUCUUCU